AUGUUGUUCCGGUACGUCGGCAGAUUUCAACUGGUCAACGUGACUUGUCCAGUGACCAAUCACGGGUCCGUCCGUAACCUUGUCCAUAACCGCUGUGUCACCUGCAAAUCCGUCAAGGUGCCUGCAAUUACCACUUCUAUAAUCGUUUGGCUCGCGCAAUCUGACAUCGUUCUCGUCGGCAUUGUUCGGGGACGGACGGAAAAAGCAUUUAAUGUAGCCUCAAAGAAGUCGUUUUUUACAUGUCAUCGAAAAUUUACCGUCGUCGAGGCUGAGAUUCGCCUCGCAUCGCGUCUGCUCAUCCGGAGCUUUGACUACCGGCCGUGGUGUUUUGGUCGUCGUCAUCGUCGUCGUCGUCGUUAUUCGAGGUUAUACGUGAUUUUUAUGCGAAAGUUUGACUUUUUGUUUGUUUCGAGACUGGUUUCGUGUCCUACGGCAAGAAGUCGUUUCCCUCUUCGUGACUCAUUCAGUUGUUUUUUUACCGUCGUCGUUGUCGCCAGAGCCGUUGUUGUCGAUGUUUGUCGCCGGCCGGCAAGUCGAUGGACGGACGGACGACGUCGGCGUUGGCAAUUGUGA